UUUCCCUAUUGCAAGAUGUGGCCUAAAGCUAUCUAAUAUUAAAUGAGUUAAAAAUGAUCUUUUUCCUCUUAAACUUUCUCAAGGCAAAGGUGGAAAUUGUUCGUACAUGGUUCUUGUUUUGAAACAGUUUCUUUCCACAUUGUUGCAUCGGCACUUCAAAUUUUGGAUUUUCUUUGUUCGUUUGUUUGUUGUGUCAGAUACUUUGGCACUUCCUGACAGUACACAUGUAAUGCCAUCCCUAUUGCAUGUCAACUUUUGGUACUUCUACAUAAAAGUUGUAGAUAACUAGUAUAUGGCAUUUGAUAAAACUUUGGACUUUCAACUGGAUAAGUAUAGUAACCAUGUUAUGCAUGCUUGGACAUAAACUAACACUAUAUAUAUCAUCAUGGAUAUAGGCUUUAGGAAUGCAAGGAACCAUGUCACAGGAAAAAAUAAUCUUCGUUGUGUUCCUGAAACAUUUACUCAACUUUGACCCGCUACUUUUACAGAAGACUUCUGUCUGUUUUUGUUGCUAGUGGACCAAAUUAUUUCACUUAAUUGCUUCUUUCCUUGAGCUCUGCUUUUGGUGCUCCACCGAGGCCCCCUUGGAUAUAUUCAAUAUUUUGAAGUUCCAUGAUUCUUUAAAAUGUACAGUAGGAUGCAGAAGGUGUGCUUGUUGCAAAUAUUGAAAGUUACAUGGCAGGGGUUGAUUUGUGGCAAGAUGAGGAUGAGAGUUAUAACAAAUUUUGAUCCACUGUUAAUGCAUGACGAGAUGCUGGAAGUUGUUAGCAUCAAGGGAACAUGGCAUCUUGGGAAGCUUCAGAUGGCAGCAAAAGCUUUUCUGAACUGAAUUUGUAGGUGUUUGAAAUCAAUAGAAGAACGUUUGGGUUGCCCAUGAAGUAUAAUAGUAAUGCACUUACAACCCCCUUUUUUUUUUUGGUGAAUACAGUGGUUAUUCACCAAUCACCAUCCCUCUAGUUUGGACAAAAUAAUUAAGACCUCUCACUUGGUGAGGAAGGUACCAACCAGCUGAACUAGCAACUAUUGGUGGCACUCAUGACUCUUUGAAUAAUUAAAAAUUCAAUUUAGAGUUAUCGCACAGGUUACAUGCUGGCACUAGGUUGGGCUUUCUCAAACUUGGAGGUUGGCACGAGGGCGAUUCAUCAAAAUACAGAUCUUUGCUCCACUCCCUGUUCAAGUAGAUGGAGAACCUUUGUUUCAGAGACCUUGCACACAAUAAUUUCUCAUCAUGGCCAGGCUUUCAUGUUGAAGAGAGCAGCAGAGGAGCGUCUUGGUCAUGCUACUGCCAUAAUAACUGAUGUGCUUGAAAAUGCUGAAAUGAACCGUCUGAUCACCACCUCACAGAAGAGAGCCCUCCUUCAGGAGAUGGCACUAAAGCUUUCAUCGAGUGUGCCAGAUAUCCGAAAAAGCUUAUUAGUUUGUGCAGCACUGCCAGAUGCUGUCAUGACAAUUAAGUUUUUGUAUGCAAUGUCUAUCCAAGUGCAGCAGCUCUUCAGCAAGUUGAUUGUCUUUCUUAUCACCCCUUGUUUGUUUCCCCAGUAUUGUUGACCGUUGCGAUGUCUAUCACAAAUCAUUGCUGAUGUGCUGUAGAUAUCAUGACAUUUUUCUGUAGAUGAUGGAGAAUUAUAGUUCUGUA